AUGUCCGAGACUGCUCCAGCAGCUCCUGCUGCUCCUGCACCUGUGGAGAAAACACCUGUGAAGAAGAAGGCGAAGAAGACAGGGUCUGCUGCAGGGAAGCGUAAGGCGUCCGGACCCCCGGUGUCCGAGCUCAUCACCAAGGCUGUGGCUGCCUCUAAGGAGCGCAGCGGCGUGUCCCUGGCUGCGCUCAAGAAGGCGUUGGCGGCCGCCGGCUACGAUGUGGAGAAGAACAACAGCCGCAUCAAGCUGGGGCUCAAGAGCCUGGUGAGCAAGGGCACCCUGGUGCAGACCAAGGGCACCGGCGCCUCCGGCUCCUUCAAGCUCAACAAGAAGGCAGCUUCCGGCGAGGCCAAGCCCAAAGCCAAGAAGGCAGGCGCGGCCAAGGCUAAGAAGCCCGCGGGUGCAGCCAAGAAGCCCAAGAAGGCGACUGGUGCUGCCACCCCCAAGAAAGCCGCCAAGAAGACUCCGAAGAAGGCGAAGAAGCCCGCGUCUGCCGCAGGCUCCAAGAAAGUUGCUAAGAGUCCGAAAAAGGUGAAGGCAGCUAAACCCAAGAAGGCAGCCAAGAGUCCAGCAAAGGCCAAAGCCCCCAAGCCUAAGGCUAAUAAGCCCAAGGCGACCAAACCUAAGGCCACCAAGGCAAAGAAGGCCUCUCCCCGCAAGAAGUAAUGUGGUGCGUCCUGCCUGGAAAUCUCAAAACGGCUCUUUUCAGAGCCACCCACAGAUCCAUUCAAAAGAGCUGCACUGUUUCUGGCA